AUGAUAGAAAGUGAUAUCACGUCCAUCAUGUCUGGCCUGAUUAGAAAUUCAGGGCAAAGCCACCUCCCUUCUUCACAAGAAUACAGACUCCUGGCUUCUGAUCCCUCACAGCUGAGUGAAGAUGAUCUCCCCAGUGACCUUCAGUCCCUGUCGUGGCUAACGUCCGUUGAUGUCCCACGAUUGCAACAGAUGGCCAGUGAAAGGAUGGAUUUUGGCAUGAGCUCCCCAAGUGCAGUACUGCAACAGACUGGUUCCAUGCCAGGGAAUAUGCUCACCACGGGAGCCCCCAGCACAAUGAUUCACAUACCAGCCAGUUUGCCCCAAGGAAUUCUGGGACUGAAUACAGUUUCAUCACAUGGAGCUAACAUGAGUCGGUAUGCAGCCAGUGGGCAGCCGUCUCCCAGCCUGCAACCACAACACCCCCCUCUCUUCCCUCCUCCAUCCUGCCCCGCUCAGCAGGUGUUUGCCAUCACACACAAUCCACAACAGUGUCCCCCAGCGACAAUCUUCAGCUCGUCUUAUGGAACACAGCCUCUGUAUUCACAGCCCCGUCUUGCUCCCCACACUGCCCAAGAACUGCAUGCCAAGCACUACCCUAAGCCCAUCUACUCCUACAGCUGCUUGAUCGCCAUGGCUCUGAAGAACAGCAAGACGGGCAGCCUCCCAGUCAGUGAGAUCUACAGCUUCAUGAAGGAACAUUUUCCCUACUUCAAGACGGCACCUGAUGGAUGGAAGAAUUCCGUCCGCCACAAUCUGUCCCUGAACAAAUGCUUUGAGAAGGUGGAGAAUAAGCUGAGCGGCACCUCCCGCAAGGGCUGCUUGUGGGCACUCAACCCUGCCAAGAUAGACAAGAUGGAAGAAGAAAUGCAGAAGUGGAAGAGGAAGGACCUGGCUGCUAUUCACAGGAGCAUGGCAAACCCAGAAGAAUUGGACAAACUCAUCACAGACCGGCCUGAGAAUUGCAGGAGGCCAAGCAAGCCAGCAGAGGCAGAAGUCUCCACCCUGAGCCAUGCAGGAGCUGUCCAAGGCCGGAUCGGACAGCUGCAGCCCCCGCCGGUCAUGACGCUGUCCCUCCAGGCCGUCCCCCUGCACCACCAAAUCCAGACACAGGCGUGUCUGACUCCGGAUUCGCCGGCUCCUGCACAGACUCCACCUCUUCACGCCCUGCGCAACAUUAAUCAGAGCCCCCUCCCUCAGAACCUGAUGAGCCGUGCACCGGACUUCCUCAGCGUGGCGACUGACAUGAGCACAGAGGUCGAUGCUCUGGACCCCAGCAUCAUGGACUUCGCACUCCAAGGUAACAUAUGGGAUGAAAUGAAAGACGAGAGCUUCAGCCUGGAGACCUUGGGUGCCUUCAGCAACUCCCCUCUCACCUUCGCGGACUGUGACCUCAUCCCACCUGGCCUUACCCCCAUCUCCAGCAGCAGCGACCGCUCUUUUGCAGACUUGCAAGUGACAGGCCUCUACACAACCUACACGACCCUGGACACCGUCUCCUCAGCCCAGUACAUCAGCGCCCAAGGGAACAAACCGAUUGCCCUGCUCUGA